UGGUGAAUAAAUGGAACGUUCGGUAUUCCUGUUUCUCUGUUCCCUGCUUAAUGUGGACAUGGUCAGAUAAUCCAACUCUAAGGGAUUGUCGGUAACUUCCAAGGCGUGGGUGGUGGCGUUUUCCCUGUGGAGGGGAAGGUGGGUGUCCUUCGUGAAGUGUCACUAACCGUCUUCUGCUGGUCCGUCCUUUAUAUCCGAGAACAAUGUCUGACAGGAAGGCUGUUAUCAAGAAUGCGGACAUGUCUGAGGACAUGCAGCAAGAUGCAGUAGACUGUGCUACUCAAGCUAUGGAGAAAUACAACAUUGAGAAAGACAUAGCUGCUUAUAUAAAGAAGGAAUUCGACAAGAAGUACAACCCAACUUGGCACUGCAUUGUUGGCAGAAACUUUGGCAGCUAUGUAACACAUGAGACAAAGCACUUCAUAUAUUUUUACUUGGGCCAGGUUGCAAUUCUUCUGUUCAAAUCUGGCUGAAUGCAGGAAAUGUUUAAUUAUGGACUGUAAUGCACUGAUGGCUGGAACCAGGAUCCCCUCUAACAUGGCUGUGCAGCUGCAUGGACUGUAUACUAUAUUUAAUGUGUGUAUGUUGCAGUUAAUAUUGACUCUUGUUUAGUUGCCUGGAGAGAAGGCGGCUUUAUUUUGUAUCUGCUGGGGUUUUUGUUUUUGUUUUUCACCCUCCCCUUUGUUGUGUUGCACUUGGGGAAACUGUAAAUGCUAUAGAAUUUCUUCAAGAGGGAAGAAAAUAAAAUUUAUUCUACAUUAAA